AUGCCUUCUUUAGCUGAAUUUAACGCACUAAAAGAUGAGGUUGAUAUACUACAUCAGUUGGUUGGUGUAUUGCUCACGUCCCAGGGAAAGACAUCCACUCCUGUAGACAUUAGUUCCAAUAGUAAGAGAGACAGUUGCACCAUAGCUCAGCCUUCUCAUCUGAACCUUCCUGAGUUUUUGGCAAAUAGUCCAGAUCGCCGUGUGUUUGCAAUUGGUAUAAUGUAUAAUCUCCCUGGGGGCACUAUACAUAAUGUGCCAAUUCCUUUAGGCCACGUACGAGUUUGUCUAAAAGUUUCUUUGGAUGACAACUAUCAGCUGCCCAUUCCCACGGAGGAUGUGAUGAUUGUAGGAGAUGCAUUGGGCACCUUUGUUGCAUGGCCCACAGCCCUUACAAGGCCAAUAUUUAACAAAGAUAAGUCCAAGGAAAAAUACUUCCCUAGCAAACAAUUAACUGGCCAUGAGUCAAAGAUUAUCGCACCUCCCCUGCUUCAAAAGAUGGAGCCUCAAUUGUCACAUAAAUUCCUGACUUCACUAAGGGCAUAUACUGACAUGCAAAGGAGUAUUCAUGAUUUUAUUGCUGUAGAUGUCCCAUUCGAGCAUGGCAUGUAUGACAGAGAUCAUACCAAUCACAUAACACUCGAAGUCGUAGAUGAAGUAAUCCACCGUGGCAUGAUUAGCACGACCGUCAUGGAUUUUUAUUUGAGGUUUCUUUAUCAUACACUUGUCGUGCCCCGCAACCUUACUAUGAUAUUUGCCUGCAUUUGUCCUUAUGACAUUGUUGCUUUCCGUGACAUUCGAAACUCUGAUCAUGAAGAUCAAGCAAAGCGGGAUUAUUGGAUGCUGAUUGCCCUUGAUCCGGCUGAAGAAAAAUAUGAGAAAUUGGCCAUCUAUUACUUGUGUUCUGCUGGCGGACAACCGGAUUCGGUGGACUGUGGAUAUUGCGUGAUGAGAUUCAUUAGGGACAUCAUCACUCACGCCAAGACUUCAAUCCCUACCAAGUAUUAUGAUGAUGCUUAUUGUGAAGAAUUUGGGGAUGCUCACAUCAAUGAAGUCGUGGAAGAGUGGGGGAUUGCUUAA